CACAGAGAUCACAACACAACAACAAACAAUAAAGUGUGGGCAACUUACCUACCACAUUAGGCGCAAGUCUGAAGCUAUCAUUGUGGCGAAAUCUGGAAAAAAAUAUACGCAUUGCCUGGGGAAAGAUCUUCCUUUGGUUGCGGUCUAAUAUCUAUGUUAGCGCCCCUUUUGCUGCCUGCCAAGGUUUCAGAAUGAUUCCGGGGAUGUAGAAUAGAUGCGCAAAAAAAGUAAAUGAAGAUUAUAUUUUGAAGAUAGCUUUAGUUUGUGCUAAUCUUUAGAGGGUUAGCGCUUAUUUAUGCAAAUCGCUUUUUAAGUCCGCUCCAUCGUCUCGUCAUAGUCAAAUAUUAAUAUCUGUGAUCCAAUGCAAUGCAACACUAAAUAAAUUUUUCCGGAUCUAGGUAAAUUAUAAUUAUUUGUGGAGCGUGUGAAUGUGAUAAAUUAUAAUGAACGAGUAUGCACCGAUAUGCCGUAUUUGUUUGUCGUUCAACUUGCGGCUGUUACCGAUUGCCGAUACCUUACAGCUUGUAUUUGAGAGGAUCACAAGAACUCCUCUUCUGACUCCUGACCUGCGACCAGUAACAGCUUGUUACAUCUGCUAUGCCCAGCUGAAGAAGUGCUACAAGUUUAUGGUCACAUCAGCGAAAGCUGAAGAAAUUUUGACAGUACUGUUGAAGCGAAAUUCUCAACUCACAAAGAGAUCAGUAUCCCUAGUAAACCGCAAGGAUAACGGACUGUGUGGAAACCUAGUCACAACGACUGCAGAAUGUAUUGACUCUCUUCCAAUUCUCAGUAAGCCACCCAAGCUUGACAGCGAAGAUACCCUGGCAGAUGUAGAGGUCAAAAAUGAGUUGCAUUAUGCAGCGUGUGGCUUCAAAGUUGAGGUGUCAGAUUAUCCUGACUCCGAGCACCCAGGAGAAGAGGAGUCUACGGCAGCUGAGGAUGACCACAGUGAAGGCGAUAGCAUAGCCUUAAAGAGUGCGGGUGAAUUGCAGCCACAUGGCCCAGAUUUUAUUAUGGGCACAGUUAAUUCUGAUGAUGGCGCUGUGGCUAUCAAAAGCGAGGAUAUGGAACUCGUAUAUGAAAUAGUGGUAGCACCUGAAGAGAAUAUGACAAAACGAAUUCAAAAGCGGCACAAAUCAAAUAAGGCGAAAUCGGGCAAUGGAAAAUAUAAAUGUAAUGUUUGUGAACAAAGAUAUUGUGGUACCUACGAAUUGAAUCGCCAUUUAAAAACUCACACCGGUGUAAAACCUUUUGAAUGUAAUAUAUGUCAACGGAAUUUUUUUAGAAAGCAUCAUUUGCAAGAACAUUUAAAGACACACACGUCUGAGAAACUUCACGAGUGUCAUGUUUGUCGAAACCGAUUUAGAAGAAAGCAUCACUUGCAAAGGCAUUUAAAAAUUCACACCGACGAGAAACCAUUUGAAUGCAACAUUUGCAAGCGGCGGUUCAUUUCUCGGCACAAUUGGGAAAUACAUUUGAGAACUCAUACUGGUGAGAAACCAUAUAAAUGUGACGUUUGUCAACGACAAUAUAUAAAUAAAGAUGCUCUCAGAUAUCACUUAAAGAUAAAUAGUGGGCAAAAAGUUUAUAAAUGCAAUACUUGUCAUAACAAGUUUCAUUACAAGUUGAAGAAUCGUGUUCAAAAGUGCAAUUGUUGUAAAAGAAAAGUAGACAUUUAAUAUAGGCACAUAAACAUUUAAUUUUAAGGGCUCCUGGUAAAGGGUCAGGUCAAAAGUACCCGAAACCGCCGAGCUUGCAUGAAGAGAGUUAUGAAUGUGGAUGAAGUGAAGGAAGUAUGCAAAAAUUGUGGCAAGUGGUAAGAGGUAGUCUCUGCCUACCGGGAAAGAGGCGUGAUUUUAUGUAUGAAUGUAUGUAACAUUUUAAAUGGGUACGUGUCAAUCAAAAUGCCAGAGCUGGCUUCACACCACGAUCGCAUGUGUUACAGCCCCGCGCUGGAGCAAGCAAUUUCUCGACAGCGGUUUUAUGGCAAUUAAAUUAACAAGGAAAAGGAACUCACCGUAACACGAUAGAGUUGAUGUACAUACCAAUAUAAUGUACUACAUUCAUAUUAUUAAGAAUAAAUAUUUAAUUAACAUUAAAAUCUGUCUUAUUUACAAAAUAUAGUUGAUUAUUAAUUACUAGCUGUCCCGGCAAACGUUGUUUUGAAAAUAUUUUUUUAAGUAAUUUCUAGUUAAAAAAAAAUGUUAAGGGACAUCACUAAGGGGUAUGAAAAAUAGAUGUUGGCCGAUUCUCAGACCUACUCAAUAUGCUCACAAAAUUUCAUGAGAAUCGGUCAAGGAGUACGGAAACUAACAUUGUGACACGAGAAUUUUAUAUAUAAGAUACCAUAUAUAUGUAUGAAAGUUGUGAAUUGUAUCCAUAUUAUAUUACAUUUUAUAUUAUACGCUUACACGGCUGAGCGCUGGACGGAUCUUUAUUAAAUUUGGAAUAGAGCAAACGGGGUCUGUUUAUUUGAUAUAUUUUAACCACGUAGGUUUUCUUUGUUUCUCCAACGGAUUUAAGCAUUGUUUCCGGCUCAGACUAACGGUCGACCGAAAAGUCUAUUUGUACACCUCUCUCAAUUGCAUGAGAAGCUUUUGAUAGUAUUCUCAGUAUUUGGGUGGCAUACAAGUAUAUAGGGCCGUUUCAGCAUGGAGCACUUCCAGUGACUUGCUUCUUCUUCCUC